GCCCCCAGACUUCGUCACCUCAUCAAUUUUUUUCUGUGGAGGGAAAAAAAAAAUUGCACUCCCUUUCCCCUUCGAUUUCGACCCUAGGGUUUCAGGAAAGCUUCAAAGCCCCGGCCUCCGCUUCGUCAAACUCUUAAUUUCCGGAAGAGAAAAUGCAGAACCGGAAGCAGAAGGAAAAGAAGAAGGAAACCAUGGAGUCGAUCGAUAAUCAUGACCUGAGCUUUAGGAAGAUCAUGAAAGAUGUUGAGCUCUUCAGUUCCUCGCAUAUGACAUGGAAGGAGAGGAAAGCGAUGGAGAACAACAAGGUUGUCACACUCGGUGGAAAGCCCCCGAAGAAGCAGAGGUUACCAUUGAGUGUAGCACGAGUACAAAUGAAGAAACAAAAAGAAAGGGAACAAAAGAUGCUUGAACAGAGCACGAUCCUUGACCGAUUUGGGGGAAAUUUUGGUGCAAAUACUAAGAAACCCGUGGAGAGGCGGAGGCCAGAGCAGAGAGUGCUCAAAGCAACUGAAGGGAACUUCAGGAAUGGCGUUCUAGACGUCAGACAUUUGCUACAUUCCUCCGGGCCUUCAAGGGAUACCAGUAGGAGCAGCGAUUUAAGCAAUCACGGUAAGAAGAAUAACAAGGGAGGCAGCAAAAAGAAGAAAGGGCAGAAGAAAGGUGGCAAAAGGAAAAGCAGAUAAUCUCAUUGCCUAAGAAAUUUUCCGGGACAUACGCUGCCUUAGGGGUGUACCUGCAUCGAUCUCGGAUCAUUGAGCAGCUUGAGCUAUACUGGAGGGUGAAUUUGAGGAUGUAGAGUGUGUUCUGUUUGUUGCAGCUUAGAGUUUUAGACUGGUCGAUGUUUACUAAAUCAAAGCAUUAUGAUUACUUUAUUGAUUUGAUAGUGUUGAUUCAUC